CGGCGCGGGCAGGGCAGGGCACCGCGCAUGCGCCCCGCGAAGGGGGCGGGCACGGCGGGACAGCCAAUGGGAGGGCGGGGCCGCCUCGCGGGGGGAGCCAAUCAGGGAGCGCGGGCGGUGGCAGGGCGGCCAAUGGCGGACGGCCGGGGUUUAAAGGGGUAUUUAAGGCGCGGCGGUUUGAAUUCAAACAGACGCGCAGCAGCCUUUGAGGCGGCUGGACUGGGGCCGAGCCGGGUGUCACUCUCCUGGGGCGCUAUGGACAGGAACAAGAAGGAGAACUACGCCACCUACCCCGGCCGCGCUGCCAAGGUUGCUAAUCCCCUUGGGGAUGGCCCCAGACGUGUCCCUGUGUCUCAGCAUACUGCCCAGAGCCGGUUACCGAGCAGUGGAGCUCAAGCACAACGUGUCCUGUGUCCUGCAAACCUUCCCCAGCGAGUUCCUGUGCAAUCCCAAAAACCUGUGCUGUCAACCCAAAGACUGUGCCAAAACCCGACAGCACAGCAGCUCCGACCCAAACAGCCCGUCCAGGCCACUGUGAAGCCUCGGUUUCCAAGCAGGAACAGCGAGAAACCCCAACAGGCUCCAGAACCUGCAAAAAAUCCUGAAGCAGAAAGUGCCUCUAAACAGAAAACUGAAGAGACUGCCAAAAAGAAAAGUGAAGAGACUAAAAAAAGACAAUGGUCCCUUGAAGAUUUUGAAAUUGGUCAUCCUUUGGGAAAAGGAAAAUUUGGCAACGUUUACCUGGCACGUGAAAAACAGAGUAAAUUUAUUCUUGCACUGAAAGUGCUCUUUAAAACACAACUUGAAGAAGCCGGUGUAGAACAUCAACUAAGAAGAGAAGUUGAAAUACAGUCCCAUCUUAGGCACCCCAACAUUCUCAGAUUAUAUGGCUACUUCCAUGAUGCCAGCAGAGUCUACCUGAUCCUAGAGCAUGCACCUCGUGGAGAAGUCUACAAAGAACUUCAGAAGCUCACGAAGUUUGAUGAACAAAGAACUGCUACAUACAUCACCGAACUAGCAGAUGCCCUCUCAUACUGUCACUCGAAGAGCGUCAUUCACCGAGACAUAAAGCCAGAAAACCUACUGCUUGGCUCAAAUGGAGAGUUAAAAAUUGCUGACUUUGGAUGGUCAGUGCAUGCUCCAUCUUCUAGGAGGACAACUCUCUGUGGAACACUCGAUUACCUGCCUCCUGAAAUGAUUGAGGGAAGAACACAUGAUGAAAAGGUGGAUAUUUGGAGCCUGGGAGUUCUGUGCUAUGAAUUCCUUGUAGGGAAACCACCAUUUGAAGCAAAAACGUAUCAGGAAACCUACAGAGCUAUUUCUAGGGUGGAGUUCAAGUUUCCUCCAUUUGUAACAGAAGGCGCGAGGGAUUUAAUUUCCAAGCUUCUGAAGCACAACCCACUCCAUCGACUGCCCCUGAAGGAUGUUCUUCUCCAUCCCUGGAUCACAGCAAACUCUACAAAGAUGCCCAACAGCAGAAAGAGUGAUGUUGCUGCCCCAUCCAAAACGUAGUUUUAGGAGGACCUCAUGGGAUCAACAAGAGGAGUCUUGUACUGUGACUACUGUAAUGCUUACAAAUAGGAAAAGCAGGUCUUGGAAUCUAAUGGCAAUUGGAAUCCUUGUUGUUGUCUUACACUCUAAUUGCAACAUAAAGUUCUUUGACUUCCA